GUUUUCCAAUUUGGCUUAGUUGUUUUGCUUUUUGCAUAUUUGCUUUCUUGAAAUUAAAGUCUUAUACAUUACAACAAAAAGCGGGGAGAAAAUUGUCAAAUUUGUGCUUGAAUUACAGAGCUUUUGUUUUAGGUUUUCUGAGAACCUCUUCUGCUUCACCAAAUUUUGUACAGAAAAGAGGAAACAAAAUUGCAUCUACAAAACCACAGUAGAAGGGUUAAGAUUAUUGUUUAUGUGUUCACAAAAAGAAUAGCUGUAAAUUAGGUCCUGUAUAUGUCUGUAAUAUGUCAAGCACUGACUCCAGCUGCAGUUGGUGCCUUGUGAAUCUCCUCAAUCUUCAAUGAGCUUUGCCUUGCAAUCCUUUGACAGCUGUUGUUACAUGUGUAUGUAUUUUAAAUUUUUCUUCCACCCAAUUUUCCAUUACUAUGCAUGAAAGAAGAUUAGUCUUUAAAAGCUUGCUCUCCUUGUAAAAAGUGUCAGUGACUGUUUGCUGGUCAGUUGGCCAGGUAACAGUCAUUAGGGGACAACUUUUGUGUAUUAAUAAAACAAUUUUUUUGGUCCUAUGUUGUAUUGUCAAAGUGCAUCUCUAAUCAUAGGAUGAAGUCUCGCUUUCAAAAAUGUGAAAUUGAUACUUGUAUUUAGCUGUAAUUUAAAAGUAUUUCAAAUUUCAAACAAGAUUACAUGGACACAGACGUAGAUGACAUGCUUUUAAUUUGAAAUAAUCCUGCUCGGAACCUGUUCCCACGAGGAAAACCUAUAUCUUCCGGGUAACACAUUUGGCGCGCCGUGAGAAAUUAAAUGACAAACUUUCCAGUCUGAGCUGCUCCAUCUGGAGUCGGCUUCAUUCGCCCGGUAAUGUCCAAACUGGAGCAGAGCAGCAAGGACGGGAAACGUUCCCCGCCGGUUAAAGUCCUGUCAGGUCAGCUGAGGGCGGCGGGGAUCCGGGGUGCAGCCGACAGCGCGGAGGGAUACGUGAUCCGAGCGGGCAGGGGUCGCACUCUGCGUGUGUCCCUUGUGUGGAUGCAGGGCACGGUGCUGGAGGUCCAGUUGGACGGGACCACCGUGAUGCUGAUGGACGAAACGGGGACUUUCGCCGUCCAGGGCGUCAAUAACAUUCCCAAAGGGAAACCGUGUUUGCUUCCAGGUAAAUAUGUAAUGGUGAUGGGCGUCGUCCAGGCCGUUUCCCCGGAGCCAGUAAUCCGUGCUGUGAAGAUGGCAGACCUCUCGGAGUUCGCUGCGCUCCACAGACAGAUGUGGAAGCUGGAGGUGGAGGAGCUGCAGCAGGUGUUAACCUGAAUAUCAGACGGCUGAUGAGUACUGCUAGCUGCAUAGAGCAGGUGCAUUUGUAUGACUAGAUGAUGUUUGUGACUGAGGUUCUUCUCAUCAUACAAAAUGUCUUAACCCGUUUUUUGUUUUUUUUCCCCUUGUGUAUCAUAAUUUGUAAAUAUCUGUUUUACAUGCACCAGAGUUGCAGUGACUUGUUCGCCUAAGGCAUAUUAAAUCUUAAUAAAACACAGUUUCA